AUGAGUUGGCUCUGUCCUCGCUUCAGAGACAGAGGUCCUCCCAGAAAACCUUCUUCAGAGGCAGAAGCAAUGAACUCUGCUCAGGAGCCUGAGAUUAUUGAAUUACAGGAAUGCAAUGUGGACGAAAGCAACACUGAUCACCACAAGACUCUACAGGGACAAAAGAGAAAGGAGAGAGAUCCCUGGAAACCAUGCAUGAAUGUCAUUUUCUGGAAGUGUAAACUAUGGAUGGUUAUAACUACUAUAUUUUUCGUCAUCUUCCUGGUCAUUCUCAUCAGCCUAAUUCUUUACUGUAAUGUUUACAGAGAUGAAGAUGACUACUGGGAUCCUGAUGAGCUACUAAGCAGUGGAAAUCUUCACAAUUUUUCAGGAACAUUAGAGUUAAUGUGUGGUCUCCCACACUUCUCCUCUGAGGACAUUACUAAGAGGCUAACAGAGAUCUACAGUUCUUCUCCAGCUUUAGGACGUUACUUUAGGUCAGCUCAGGUGAUUUCUUUCAGUAAUGAAAGCUCCACUGUAACAUAUCAGCUGCUGUUUUCUGUACCACCAUCAGCAGAGGGAUUUAUGGAAAACAGAAUGAACCCAGAUUUUAUAAGGAAUAUUUUGCGUCAAAAUAUUUAUGAUGAAGAUACUCUUAAUCCUGGGACAUCUGAAUGUGACAGAUUAAAGCUCGACCCAACUUCUCUCACGUAGAAAUUAUGAAAAGAUUCCUCAUCUUCAUCACCACCCAGAAGAGAUGGGAUUGCUUAUCUAUAAGUUAUCCCAGGGCAGGGAACUAUUAAUUAGUGUGGAACACAAAGAAGAAAGCAACAACAUGAAGAGACAUGUCUUGUUCACUAAAGCACCCGAAUGUCACAGGAAUCUUGAAAGGAUCGAAUUAGCAGAAUUAGGGCUUUCCCAGUGAGCUGCUGCUCCAAGUGAAUAGGCAGAUACUUGACCUGUUUUUGUAAAUCUGAAGACCAGUCUACACCCUUAAUUAUAGUUCCUGCCCAUCACUGGGGAUUAAAAAAAAACAGAUGUAAGGUAUUUGCCUUAAUAAGGCAGUAAAUAAUUGUUCUUGUUGAUGAGAGACCAGGUGAGAUGGACCAGUGCCAAGAGGAAGGUGCUGAAGCAAAGUACAUAGGU